UUGGGACAGUCUGCUACUCUAUUCGAAGCUCAAAGCUCCGCCCCAUUUUUCAUUGCAAAUACUCCGUAAGAGAUAGGGGGAGAUGGAGACGAUCGAAUUCGAUGUGAUUGUUAUAGGUGGAGGAAUAAUGGGGAGCUGCGCGGCUUACGAAUCGGCCAAACGCGGCCUAAGGACUCUCCUCUUGGAGCAAUUUGACUUUUUGCACCACCGCGGCUCCUCCCACGGCGAGUCCAGAACCAUACGCGCCACCUACCCCGAAGAGUAUUACGCCAAGAUGGUCUUAGCCGCCGAGCCCCUCUGGCGCGAAGCCGAAGCUGAGAUCGGCUACAGCGUCUUCUUCAAGACCCGGCAAUUGGACAUGGGCCCAGCCGACAACAAGGCCCUGCAAGCCGUCGUAUCCUGCUGCCGGAAUACCUCAAUUCCGGUCCGAGUUUUGGAUCCCGAACAGGUCCGUGAAGAUUUUGGCGGCCGUUUCCGGCUGCCCGAUGGCUGGGUCGGCGUUGUGACGGAGCACGGCGGCGUUAUUAAGCCCACCAAAGCCGUCUCCAUGUUCCAAGCGCUGGCGGUUAAACACGGCGCGACCCUGAGAGACCACGUGGAAGUUAACGGGUUGGAGAGAGAUAGUCGUACAGGUGGCGUUUCUGUUACCGCAAAAGGCGGAGAGAAAUUUCUGGGUAAGAGAUGCGUCGUCACUGUAGGCGCGUGGGCUAGACGGUUGGUGGAGACGGUCACCGACGGCCGGGUGGUGCUUCCGAUUCAAGCGGUUGAGACAAAUGUCUCGUAUUGGAAGAUCAGAGCCGGGCACGAGGAAGAGUUUACCGCCGGAAGCGGCUUCCCGUCGUUCGCUAGCUAUGACUUUCCGUACGUGUAUGGAACGCCGUCCAUUGAGUUCCCCGGUCUGAUCAAGGUCGGCUGGCACGGCGGCCGAGAAAUCGAACCGGAACGGCGCACCUUUGCUCCGUUGGAAGGUUCUCUGAGUUUAUUGAAGCAAUGGAUAGAGGGACGAUUCGGAGACCGGGUUGACUCGUCGGCGCCGGUGAUGUCGCAGUCAUGCUUAUACUCGAUGACGCCGGACGAGGACUACGUGAUCGACUUCUUGGGAGGUGAGUUCGGGAAGGAUGUGGUGAUCGCCGGUGGGUUCUCCGGCCACGGGUUCAAAAUGGGACCGUUAGUGGGCCGGAUAUUGGUGGAUCUUGUCCGGAGUGGAUCUUCGAGCGGCCCACAUGACCUGGAUCCGUUCAGGAUGGACAGGUUCAAGGAGAAUGGUAAGGGAAAUGCGAAACAUUUUGACCAUCAAGUCAACGUUAAACUAUAAGUUAUACUGUAUUUGAUUCAAGGGUUUCCCUAAACACUAUCUUAAUUAAGGGAAAAUGAAAUUUAAAUAAGGGUUGGUAUAUAACUAUAUAUUCUGUCACCCAAUUAUGCUCUGUGUUUAUAUUUAUUUAUAUGGUAAGUCUAAAAUGACACCAGUGCUACUGGUUUCAUUUGCUUACACCAGUUCGUUUGGGGUACCUACGAUGCUCCGUUUGUAAAAACGACGGUUUCUACCCCCCCUAACUCUCCCCCUAA